GGGCCGAGAGACAGACAGUAGACAGUUCGUUCCUUCUGCUCCUAAUUUCGUUUUCCCCACCGUCUCCGUCGUCCUCCUCAACCUAAAACGUAAACAAAGUAACCGAACCAGGGGAAAAAAAAAACAAGAAAAAAAAAUUAGAGAAACCAACCACUACCCAAUUCGUCACCAUUUCCCCCAUUUCUUCAGCCAGGAGGAAACCCUCGCAAAGCCAGGGGGAAAAAAAAAAUCCUUCCCACGCCAUGGCCGCCCUGCGAAAUCCUCCUACCACCACCACCACCAACCACAACAAUUUCCCCUUGCUGCUCUGCCUCUUCCUCUCGAUUUCCACCGCCGCGGCGGCGGCGGCCAAAGCACCCACCAUCUACGACUACCUCAACAACAACGGCCUUCCGAUCGGGCUCUUCCCGGAGGGAAUAACGAACUUCUCCCUCGACUCAGCCACGGGGCGGUUCCAGAUAAACCUCACCCAGCCUUGCAACGUCAAGCUGGAGAACCAGCUCCAUUACGAUUUCAACAUCUCCGGCCUCCUGUCCCCGGGCAAGAUCCAGGAGCUCUCCGGGAUGUCGCAGCAGGAGCUCUUCCUCUGGUUCCCCGUGAAAGGGAUCCGCGUCGACGAUCCCAAGACGGGGUUGAUUCACUUCGAUGUCGGGGUGGUGGAUAAGCAGUUCACUUUCUCUAUGUUCGAGAUCCCCGGCCAAUGCAUCGACGGCGGCGAGCAACCUUCUCAAUCCUCCGAUUCCUACUGGUUUCAGGUUGAACACUAUGAGAAUCAAGGGGUGUUGAGGGCGGAUUCAUAGACCACCACCAUUGGAGGUGGGAGCAAGGGGAUUUUGCUGCUGCUAAUGCUGCUUGGCUUCUUGAGGGUGGAGAGAAAGCAGAUAUCUGUUUGUAAUCUAAGCACAGAUUUGCCCUGUCUUUGUGUUCUUUCAAGGUGGUGUUUGUUGCUUGCAGUGCGCCUUGCUUUGUUGUAUAGAGAGGUUCUUCUAUGUUGUGAAAUAUGUUGAUGAUGAUGAUGGAAGAAUGAAAGCCAAUGUCUUUGAAGAAUGCAAGUAUUGACAAUCUUUAUAUCAAUCAAGGAUCAUAUCUGUAUACAUAGAUUUUGUAUGCAAACAAUCAAUUAGUGCCAUUGCACCAGAAGGUCUGUUGAUAGUUGAAUGUUACUUUAUGUUGGUGAACUCGCUCUACAUAAUCUUAUUAUUAUUAUUAUUAUGUGAUUAAUGUUUGAUACCUAU